UACGGCUUGUUCCCCAUUCACAACGUUUCUAUUCCAUUCACUUCUUUUUAGUUGAGUUAUUAACCCACCUGUUGCUUGUGGGGGGUGUAAGUUAGUGACAAGCGGUGUGACUGUGCGUGUUUCUAUAGAAACGGCUCCAACACCUGCCCUCCCGUGACACCUUGGCGCUGAGCGGUAGGAAAACGGUAUGAUACACACGAGACUUCUACCGUCACCUGGGCAUAACGGGGCACGCAACCUGACUCUCUGCAUGUGCCUUUUUAUGAAGUUGUUCCCGUUACAUUCAGAAACAUUUGUACCAGGAAGUAUUUACCUGGAUAGCAUGCACGCUGGAAGAACUCAGCUAACUUCAAAGUAGCCUAACUUUCGUUCAGGUUGGACUAUUUUAUGCGAAGUUCCAGAUGCUCAUUUGAAAAUGUGGACUGAAUGGACCUAAAAUAUCCGGUAAUGGCGUAUCGAUAAUGACGACCGUCCUAUCCUGUAACAGAAGUGGUCAACUACGUUGAAAUUGGAUGCAUCUUUAUUUGUGUGGGGAAAUGAUCUAGCACAGCCUUCGAUACUUUCACCCCGAUCGUCAUGAACUCUGAAAAGCCCAGUUUUCUAUCGCAACCUGUUGUGAAGAACAUUUUCGUGUAUCGAAAUGGAGAUCCGUUUUACGAGGCUCGCCGGUUAGUGGUAAACCAAAAGAGAGUGUCCAAUUUCGAUACUUUUCUUCGAGAUGUGACGGGGGGUGUGCAGGCUCCGUUUGGAGCGGUUCGGAACAUCUACACCCCUCGAAUGGGCCAUCGGGUGGCCUGCCUGGACCAUCUACAGAGCGGGGAACAAUAUGUCGCUGCCGGGAGAGAGAAAUUCAAGAAAUUGGAUUAUUCACAGAUAGGGUCCAGAAAGAAGAGGAUGCUCCUUACUUCUUCAGGGCAGCCUUAUCCACAGGCUAAACCGGUGCCCCAGAGUCGAAUCAUUGUAUCAGCCAGAUUCCUGAAACCCAUCAAAGAACCCUGUUCGAUUUUCGUGGUAGCGAAUGGUGAUGUGAUGACCCCAGCGUUAAGACUGCUGAUACCCCAACGGAUACUGGGCCAAUACGACAGGGUUCUGGAGAUGAUCACUGACAAAAUGGGUUUGAGAAUCCUGGGGUGUGUACGAAGCCUUUACACCUUUGAUGGAAAUCAUGUGAACGAGGGAAAGGACUUGGAAAGUGGACAGUUGUACGUGGCUGUUGGGAGAGACAAGUUUAAAAGACUUCCCUACAGUGACCUUCUGUUCACCAAACCAAGGGGAAUACGAAGGACUACAGGAUCCAAAGCUUCCUCAUUACCUCCCGACUAUACACAUCUGAAAGCUAAGAACAGAAACAGUUUGACGGUGAACCACAGUAAGUAUAUGUGGCGGUGCAGAGAGCCAGCAGACACCAAGAUAUCUGCACACGAUACGGACCGCACGUUGUCCAUCGUCAGGCAGAUCUCCCAGCAGAGACUCAUGAUCCUCAGGAAGAGGAGGAGUGGUCUCAGUAUCUCCCUGGGAACACAGGACAACGACGGGGAGGUGCAGACUGAUGAAGGCCCUUUAGAGGAUGCAGACCUGUCUCCACAGAGUGACCUGUCCACUGAAGAGGUUAAACACACCUCUCCACAGAGUGACCUGACCUCUGAAGAGGUUAAACACACCUCUCCACAGAGUGACCUGUCCACUGAAGAGGUUAAACACACCUCUCCACAGAAUGACCUGUCCACUGAAGAGGUUAGACACACCUCUCCACAGAGUGACCUGACCUCUGAAGAGAAGCCAACGGAGGACAGUAAACCUACUGACACAGAGGAGAGUCCAGAGGGAGAAAAAGUUGAAGAGGAGGAGACUGCAGUAGCUGAGAACUCCACCGAGGAACACGGUGAUAACAAGGAAGAUGUUACUAAGACCACAGAGGAACAAGGUGAUAACAACAAAGAUAUUACUAAAACCACAGAGGAACAAGGUGAUAACAACGAAGAUAUUACUAAGACCACAGAGGAACAAGGUGAUAACAACGAAGAUAUUACUAAAACCACAGAGGAACAAGGUGAUAACAACGAAGAUAUUACUAAAACCACCGAGGAACAAGGUGAUAACAACGAAGAUAUUACUAAAACCACAGAGGAACAAGGUGAUAACAACAAAGAUAUUACUAAGACCACAGAGGAACAAGGUGAUAACAAUGAAGAUAUUACUAAAACCACCGAGGAACAAGGUGAUAACAACGAAGAUAUUACUAAAACCACAGAGGAACAAGGUGAUAACAAUGAAGAUAUUACUAAGACCACAGAGGAACAAGGUGAUAACAACGAAGAUAUUACUAAGACCACAGAGGAACAAGGUGAUAACAACAAAGAUAUUACUAAAACCACAGAGGAACAAGGUGAUAACAACGAAGACAUUACUAAGACCACAGAGGAACAAGGUGAUAACAACAAAGAUAUUACUAAAACCACAGAGGAACAAGGUGAUAACAAUGAAGAUAUUACUAAAACCACAGAGGAACAAGGUGAUAACAACGAAGAUAUUACUAAGACCACAGAGGAACAAGGUGAUAACAAUGAAGAUAUUACUAAGACCACAGAGGAACAAGGUGAUAACAAUGAAGAUAUUACUAAAACCACAGAGGAACAAGGUGAUAACAACGAAGAUAUUACUAAGAGGAUUACCACAGAGGAACAAGGUGAUAACAAGGAAGAUAUUACUAAAACCACAGAGGAGGACUCAGACAGUGUGGUUGGGGAGAAGAGCCUAGAGACCAAGCUACAGGGAAGUCUGGAGAACCUGGUCCUGGAAAAAUGAAGGAUGGAGAGGGGAAGGGGAGAGAGAAGGAGGAGGAUGAGGCACCGGAUAAAGCUGAGGAGGUUGGAGAAGCAGGGGAUGACGGUCCAUCUUCAACAGAUGGAAAAGAGGAGAAAGAGAAAGUGGAUGGAGGAGGACGAGAUGAUUCAUACCAUGUGGAAAAGAAAGAUGAGGAGGAAGUAGAUAAGGAACCUGGAACUGAGACAGAUUCUGAGACAGAGGAGGGAGGAAGUAGAUAAGGUACCUGGAACUGAGACAGAUUCUGAGACAGAGGAGGGAGGAAGUAGAUAAGGAACCUGGAACUGAGACAGAUUCUGAGACCGAGGAGGGAGGAAGUAGAUAAGGUACCUGGAACUGAGACAGAUUCUGAGACAGAGGAGGGAGGAAGUAGAUAAGGUACCUGGAACUGAGACAGAUUCUGAGACAGAGGAGGGGGGAAGUAGAUAAGGAACCUGGAACUGAGACAGAGGAGGGAGGAAGUAGAUAAGGUACCUGGAACUGAGACAGAUUCUGAGACAGAGGAAGUAGAUAAGGUACCUGGAACUGAGACAGAUUCUGAGACAGAGGGGGGAAGUAGAUAAGGAACUUGGAACUGAGACAGAUUCUGAGACCGAGGAGGGAGGAAGUAGAUAAGGAACCUGGAACUGAGACAGAUUCUGAGACAGAGGAGGGAGGAAGUAGAUAAGGAACCUGGAACUGAGACAGAGGAGGGAGGAAGUAGAUAAGGAACCUGGAACUGAGACAAAUUCUGAGACAGAGGAGGAAGUGAAGAAGAAGAUAGAGAGGUGAUCCUUCAGAGACAGGAGAAGAUAGAGAGGUGAUCAUUCAGAGACAGGAGAAGAUAGAGAGGUGAUCCUUCAGAGACAGGAGAAGAUAGAGAGGCGAUCCUUCAGAGACAGGAGAAGAUAGAGAGGUGAUCCUUCAGAGACAGGAGAAGAUAGAGAGGUGAUCCUUCAGAGACAGGAGAAGAUAGAGAGGUGAUCCUUCAGAGACAGGAGAAGAUAGAGAGGUGAUCCUUCAGAGACAGGAGAAGAUAGAGAGGUGAUCCUUCAGAGACAGGAGAAGAUAGAGAGGUGAUCCUUCAGAGACAGGAGAAGAUAGAGAGGUGAUCCUUCAGAGACAGGAGAAGAUAGAGAGGUGAUCCUUCAGAGACAGGAGAAGAUAGAGAGGUGAUCCUUCAGAGACAGGAGAAGAUAGAGAGGUGAUCCUUCAGAGACAGGAGAAGAUAGAGAGGUGAUCCUUCAGAGACAGGAGAAGAUAGAGAGGUGAUCCUUCAGAGACAGGAGAAGAUCGAGAGGUGAAGAGAGAGAAGGAUGAUGCAACUACUUUUUACUUUUUUUAAAGAUACCAAAACAGACAAGUCUGCAAAGGAGAAAGGAGAGGGGGGUGACAAAGAGGAGAGAAAUGGGGAGGGAGAAUCAUCAGAGUCUGAUUCCAGUGAAGAGGAAGAAACAGGGAGAGAGACCGGACACCAGGUAAAAGGUUCCAAUGAGAAGAGUCAAAUCAGCAAAGAUGAGUUGGAAGUGUUGUUUAAGAAAAGCCUUAAGGGAGAAGGGUGACAAGACUAGCAUGUAGGGCACAAAGGAAAAAUAUCAUUAUAAUCCACCACAACAAAACAAUAUUACAUUAUCAGGGUUCUUAAUAGGAUCUUUUUUCUUAACAAUGUGGUGCUGCUGAGCAAAGUGCCUCUCUUACGUUCUUCGAGGGGAAUAUCCUGGAUAUCAUAUGGGAUUAUAUGUGACUGGUUGUUUAGUUACAUAGGGGUACACAGCUAUAGGGGAGUUUCUAUUUGAAGUAUAGUUUAAAUCAUUAUUUAUAUGUGGGGUUAUAUGUGGGAUUAUAUGUGACUGGUUGUUUAGUUACAUAGGGAUACACAGCUAUAGGGGAGUUUCUAUUUGAAGUAUAGUAUAAAUCACCAGUGGGAAGAGGAUCCGACAGCUGUCAUAACAGUUACACUGUGCCUUUUCAUCAAAUUACCAUGUAACAUCUCUGGGAACUCAUUAUUCUUAAAUGGUAAUUAAAGUAGUGACUGAUGAUAAAUGACUGAA